AUGUCUGGCACCAACGAGGACGGCGCAACUAGCAGCGGAAGCCUCGGCUAUCGGCGUCUGGGCCUUUCUGACCUACAGGCCUUUUGUGUAGGCCCAAACUCUCGUGAACGUGUCCUUUCUUUGUUACAGCAGAUUUCAGCAAGUGAAUUGCUGUUGCAGACGGCAGCGGCGGCUGAUGCUAUCUCUCUUCAGCAGCAUGCUACCACAGCAGCAGAGAAGGAGGCAGCUGCUGCUGCUGCGAAGCGUGCAGCAGCAGAAGGAGACACAGAUGCCCUAGCGGACCUGAAUCAGCUCCUCACAUUUUUGUUGAGCACCAUCAAGAGGUGCUUUGAUGUCGAAGAACUCAGGGACUCAAUACUGGCGCAAAGUGAGAUGAGGCCUUUGCUGACUGCGGCUGCUGCGAGCCCCUUGACAGCAAUAAGAGAACUCCUGGCGCAGCAAGUGCAGCAGAUAGCCAAGAAGGGUGAUUCAGGUAUACGGUACUUGUGGAAUCUGGAGCUGAACAGGCAGCUCAUUUCCCUCCUCGGAGACGCAGAGACAUCAGUGGCCAUGAGAGCAGAAACAGCACUAGCAGCAGUGUGCGCGGCAGAUUCCGCUCCUCGUUAUGUUUUUGAAGGCGCAUUCUUCGGCGAGUUGCAGAGGCUGGCGAUGGAGUCACCUGACACUGUUUCAUUCAGGGUUUUGAGUCCGCUAAUUCACGGCUCAGUGCAGCACGAGUCAUUUUUUUCCGCCCUUCUUGCUGCUUCUCCCCAAAUGCUGUCACGGCUCCAGCAGCUGGUUGAAAACAAUAAGGACCCGCUGUUGCAGGCAAAUGCAAGCGACUUGCUAUCUGCGCUAGUAAGCGUCUCCUGGGGAGCGGACUACGCCGUUAGGAACAAAUAUCCCGAGCGAAUUGCGAGGCUCAUUGCCACAGAGGAAGAUGUGUUAAACAGUCAGACACUGCUAAGACUGUUAUGUCGCAUGGCCGUCGAGCGGCCAUCUGAGUGCAGUAGGAUACUCAACGCCGAGGGAGGAGUGCUGAAAAGCGCUAUCGAGACUUGCCUCACGUCAUCUUCCAAACGUCACAAGGAAGAAGGAAUUGUGUGCUGGAGUAUUCUUUUCUCCAAGACAGAGUGCUCGGCAACGGUGCUAGAGCAGCUACCGUCAUCUGCAGAUCUGGUGGCGGAGGCGGUAAUGGAUGUGGAGGAUGUGUCUGUCGCUGCACUCCGCGCGUGGUCAUGCGUGCUGCAAGAUGUCAAGGACCCUGCAGUGCUGCCACAGCAACUGAAACGGACAGUAGAUUCCAAUCUAGCAUCCAAGUUGCUGGAUUGCGUUCUUCAGCGGCCUUUUCCUGAGGCUCGUCAGCAAUGUUACGAAUUGCUUAAGGCUCUUUCGGUUGAUGCUGAGCCCAUGCAGAUGUUCUUUGCAUCAGAGGGUUUCAGGCAGCUGAUGGUGGACCCCUCUAGCGACACUGAGUACGAAGUGCGUCUGGCCAAGCACGCCUUCGCCUCCGCAGCUUGUGCAGCACAACGCGACUGGCUGCGCAAUGCGUUGGACCCUUCCUUUUGCGAGGCCUUCUUCAAAUAUGCAGAGGGAGGCCCCUGGACAGCUUCUGCCGAGAGUCUGCUGAAGAGCCUUCCCCGAUGCGGGCGGUGCCGGGCUUCGUUUGAGGUGCUGACGAAGUCCCCACUUGACGGGAAAAGGCAGAUUACAGAAAAGUUUACAGAACUGCAAUCAGACUUGGCAUUUGUCUCUGCUGUGGUGGGGCAGCGGCUCGCCAGACAGUUCUGCUAA